GUGCGGCACCAUAUUUGCCUAAUGCAGCGUUCAUGCUGACAUUUAAAAGCACAUUUAUCAAUUUCGAAUAUUGGUUUUUCGAAGAGUGUUCACGGUGCCGCAUUUAGUUAAUGUUCUGUCUGUUCUUGUACAAAAACGUGCAAGUAGUCAUUUGGGAGUACAUCCACUUGGAACUUCCUACUAACGAAAGAACCUGUGCGAGGCAAGAGAAUCGAGCUAGCACGUUUUGGGAAGUCGAGUUUCAAUGCUGCGGAAAUGAUUUCUUCAAGCAAAACUUUAGAUUGAAAAGACGGGCUUUCCAGAAAUUGUGUAGCUUUCUGGAUCACAUUAAAAAGAAAAAAACCAACUUCCAGAAUUCUAUAUGCUUGGGAAACGGGACCAUUGAAGAGUGUGUUGAUGGUUUUAAAAGCAUUGGAUUCCCUCAAUGUUUGGGAGCGCUUGAUGGAUGCCACAUAGAAAUUCGACCUAGAACGGAAGAAGCAGUAGAUUAUAUCAACUAUAAAGGAUGGUAUUCGACAGUUUUACUAGCUCUUGUUGACGCAAGAUAUCGUUUUCUGUAUAUAAACGUUGGCAGUCCCGGACGAUGCAAUGAUUCCAAAAUCUUUGAAAAGUCCAGCUUAAAGAGAGAGCUAGAUAAAUGUUCGCUUCUGAACUCAAUGAGCACAAAAUUAGGAAACUUUGAUAUACCAGUUGUCAUUCUUGGAGACUCCGCUUUUCGUUUUUUUAAAUAUCUAAUGAAACCUUUUCCAUUCAGUUUGGAUAAAACACCAGCGCAAAAAACUUUCAAUUAUCAACUUUCGAAAUCACGUAGUCGUUGAAAAUGCUUUUGGACAACUGAAAGUUUCGUCGAAUUGGAAAAGGCUUUGAUAACAGAAUUGACAAUGCGAAUUCCAUUAUAAAAACUUGUGCCUUGCACAACUUUCUGAUAGCGGAAAAUGACCAAGUUUCACUUUCUUGGCUAACUGAGCAGAACGCUAACGACAGCAGUAGAAGGCAACCACAAUCCGCGGAUUUGCACCAAAGCCUAACAGAAGCUGAAUCAAUAAGGAAUGCUUUCACUUCAUACUUCAGUACGUUAUUAUCACAUUUAUUUCAGUUUCAUUUUUUCAUCUUAAUAUAAAGCCAAAGUGCCUUCAUUCGGUUUAUAAAAUAAAAAAUGUCAAUCAAAAAAGGAAAUAUACAUACAUAUGUACAGUGGCGAACAAAAGUA